UCAUCAUCAAUCCUGGUCUUCUUUAAUGUCUUUUUCUUCUUACUGGCUUCGAUCAUUCAAUUGCAGAGACAUCAAAACUCUUAAAAUAAUCCAUGGAAAAUUCAUAGUCUCAAACAAUUAUCACAAACCCAUAUCCAUCCAACCCAUGUUCAUCACUCUCUACACUCAUUUUCAAGAUCUGGAAAGUUCCAUACUCGUAUUUCAAUCAAUUCGAGAACCAAAUACCGUAUCUUGGAACUCAAUCAUCAAAUCCCAUAUUCAAUUCGGCUAUGGAGAUUCAGCCAUCUCACUUUAUCGUCAAAUGCGAAACUUCAACAUUCAACACGAUGAUUUCACCUUGCCGAUACUAAACCAAUCAGCACUUUCAAUUCAUAAUGGAUUAUCAUUUCUCAAUGCUCUUCUUUCUUUAUCAAUUCGGUUAGGUUUGGGAUCAGAACUGUAUUUCUGCAAUACCAUGAUUGCUCUGUAUGUGAAAUGUGGGGAUUUUAGUUAUGCUCGUCAACUGUUCGAUGAAAUGCCUGAUAGGGAUGUUGUUUCAUGGACAUCAAUUAUCUCUUGCUGUAAUUAUGAAGGGAAUAUUGACAUUGCUUUCAAGCUGUUUAAGGAAAUGAAUAUAGUUUUUAAACCUACCUCAAUAACAAUGGUGGUCAUGUUUGAUUCUUGUUGUUCAUUGUAUCAAGGUAAGCAGUUACAUUGUUAUGUAAUCAAAAUAGGAUUUCCCAUUGAAGAAUCUCUGCAAAACUCGAUUUUGAAAAUGUAUACUGAUAAUGGGCAGCAAGAUGAAGCUGAAAAUUUCUUUGAGGAAAUACCCAUGAAAGAUUAUGUCUCUUGGAAUAUCAUGAUCAUGCAUGCAGCUAAAAAGGGAAACUUUAUGAACGCUGUCGAGUUGUUUAAACGAAUGCGGUUUAAAUUAGGAUUGAAAACAGAGACACUCACAAUCAUGAUCUCGAAUAAUAUCAAUCUCUUGCAUGGUGGAAUGAUACAUUGUUUGUCGAUAAAGUACGGGCUUGACGGGGAUUAUGUUUUUCGUACUUCAUUGUUGGAUUUCUACGCUAAAUUCGGCGAGUUGAAAAAUUCGACUCGAGUUCUUACUGAAAUGCCAUUCAAGAACGAAGUUACUUGCAACGCGAUGAUGUCUGCCUUUGUAAAAUGUGGUGCUUAUGACGAGGCCAUCCGUUUGUUCAACCGAGUAAUUCAUUACUCCGAUAUCAAUCCAACGGCUCUAAUCUUCACGACUCUCAUCUCCGCGUAUUCCCAUAUCGGAGCAUUACGUCUUGGUAAAGUUCUUCACGGUUAUUUGAUAAGAACUUUGUUAUACAAUAAUCAAAACACUUCUCAUUUAGAGACUUCCAUCUUAAACAUGUAUCUUAAUUGUGGAAGCAUUUCGUAUGCUAAAGCAUGUUUCGAAAAAAUAGUUACUAAAGAUAUCGUGACAUGGACGACCAUGAUAGACGGUUAUGGCAUUCAUGGUCUAGGUGUCGAAGCUCUUCAACUUUUCGAUAGGAUGUUGAAGGAAGAAGAAGGAAUUAUGACACGAAGUGGAACAAGUAUAAGCAUAAGUAUAACUUUCUUGAGCUUGUUAUCGGCUUGUAGCCACUCGGGCUUACUAAAUGAAGGAUUUAGAGUAUUUAAUUUAAUGAAAUGGGAAUUUGGAAUUGAACCGGACUUGGAUCAUUACACUUGUGUAGUGGAUAUGUUGAGUCGAGCUGGGAAUUUGAAAGAGGCUAUAUGCAUGAUUCUUAAACGGGUGGUUUUACCCGAUGGUAGGAUUUGGGGAGCAUUGCUUGCGGGUGCCCGAGUUUAUGGAAGUGAGGAAGUUUUCGGGGAAUAUGUUGCUUCUAGGGUUCUUGAAUUGGAACCGGAUAAUGUUGGAUAUUAUACUUUGGUUAGUAAUAUGGAAGCUAAAGUUGAGAAAUGGGGUGAAGUUGAAGAGAUUAGGAAAUGCAUGAGAAAUAAAGAUUUGGUUAAGAAACCGGGUUGUAGUUAUGUUGAAGCGGGUGGGUCGAUCCACGGGUUCGUUUCCGGGGAUAGAUCGCAUUCGAAAACGUUUCAAAUAUAUGAGUUGUUGGGUGGUUUAACGGGCCAAAACUCAGGGAUUUAA